GUGGGCGCGGGCAAUUCUAGCUUUGCGAGCGAACUUUAGCUGAAGGGCGGCGUGUCCCAUCCUCGGACAUAGCCAACCUCCGUUUGGUCAUCAUUUCCUCUUUUGCACAGGCCAGCGCACAUGGGAUUCAUCGACGACCUCUUCCGCACCAAGCCCAUCGAAGUCAUCGAGGCUGAAGAGCGCAAGGAAGAGCUGCCGCGUGAGCUCGGUCUCCGUGAUCUGAUCCUCAUUGGUAUCGGUGGCACCGUCGGCACCGGCGUCUUUGCGACGACCGGCGACAUCAUCAGCGGCGCGGCGGGUGCGGCCGCGUUUGUCUCGUGGCUCAUUGCUGGCUUCUCGUGCAUUCUCAGUGGCUUUGCCUACAUGGAGAUGAGUUCGCUCAUCCCGUCGUCUGGUUCGACGUACGCCUACUCGUACCACGUGCUCGGCGAGCUUCCGGCCGCGAUCGCUGCGUGGCUCUUGACGCUCGAGUACGGCAUGUCGGGCGCCGGUGUCGCGCGUUCGUGGGGCACCAAGGUCCAGGAGUGGGCCAGGGAAGGUCUCCCGGAAGGCUCGACGAAGGUCGACUGGCUCAACAUGGAGUACUACUCGUUCCUUGCGUGCCUCAUCUUUGCGCUCUCGGUCGGCGUUCUCCUCGGCGGCAUGAAGUUUGGCAAGAUCUUCAUCAACGUCUUCACCGGCACCAAGGUCGUCAUCGUGCUCUUCGUCAUUAUCGCUGGCUUUGCGAUGACGGACACGGUCAACUUUACGCCGUUUGUGCCUGACUUCGUGCCCGCCACGGACGAAGACACGGCGAAGUUUGGUGUCCAAGGCGUCAUGCUCGGUGCGUCUCAGGCCUUCUUUGGCUACGUCGGGUUCGAUGAGGUCUGCUGCCUCGCCGCCGAAGCCAAGGACCCGCGCCGCGUCAUGCCCCGUGCUGUCAUUGGCACGGUCCUCGGCACGAUGAUCCUCUCGGCGUUCGCGUCGCUCGCGCUGUCGGCCAUGAUGCCCUACGACGCUGAGACCCCGUUUGGCUUUAACUUUUCUGCUGGCUUCCGCUACGUCGGCCUCGACUGGGCUGCGACGAUCGUGCACAUUGGUGAGACGGGCACGAUGCCGAUCGUGGUCUUGAUUGCGUUCCUCGCGCAGCCUCGCUUGAUGUACGCGAUGUCGGUCGACGGUCUCUUGCCCAAGAUCUUUGGCAAGGUCGAGAAGAACGGCAACCUCUUCUGGAGCACGUUCCUCUGCGGCGGCUUCUUCUGCCUCGUUGCGCUCUUCGUGCCUUUCUCGUACCUCUGGAACUUGGUGUCGUUUGGCAUUUUGAUGUCGUUCAACAUGACCAACUCGGCGCUGAUCCUGAACCGGACGCGCGACUCGUCGGCCCACAUUGUGUACAAGCUCACGGGCGCGCUCGUCGCAACGUCGUGCCUCUCCAUGUUCCUCUUUGAGAAGGGCUACGUCGAGGCGACCGACGCGGCCACCGGCUACCUUGUCGUGUCGAUGGUGUUGCUCGCGCUCGUGCUGGCAAUUGCGAUCACGAUCUUUGUCAAGUGCCCGCAGAACGUCGGUCCCCGCGAGUGCUACCGCGCGCCACUUGUGCCGUUUGUGCCCGCGCUCGCGAUCACGAUCAACUGGUUCCUCAUCGCGCAGCUCCCGGCUCGCGAUAUUGGCUACGGCUUCAUCUGGAUCGGCGUCGCGAUCGACGGCUGGGCCACCAUGCUCAACGACGGCUACAUUGGCCACAACGCCGUGCGCCCAUCGAUGAGCUCGAUGAUGGCCGACCAGAAGGAGUCGAUUCUGAGCGCCAAGAUGGCCCUCCAGGCCAACGAGCACUAG